CGGCCAGCCCAGCUUAGCCCAGCGCAGCCACCCCGGAGCCCGGCCCCGCGCACGUGCCCGCCAGACCUGCAAACUUGUGCCACCGGCUCUCGUGCGUCCCCGGGGAGCCCAAUAGCCCGGAGCCCGCACCCCUCCCGCCAGUCUCCAACCAUGGGUUGCUUCGAAUGCUGCAUCAAGUGUCUGGGAGGAGUUCCCUAUGCCUCCCUGGUGGCCACCAUCCUGUGCUUCUCGGGAGUCGCCUUGUUCUGUGGCUGUGGGCAUGUGGCUCUCGCGGGCACCGUGGCAAUUCUUGAGCAACACUUUUCUACCAACACCAGUGACCAUGCCUUGCUGAGCGAAGUGAUCCAACUGAUGCAGUAUGUCAUCUACGGGAUUGCAUCCUUUUUCUUCUUGUAUGGCAUCAUUCUGUUGGCAGAAGGCUUUUACACUACAAGUGCAGUGAAAGAGCUGCACGGUGAGUUUAAAACAACUGCCUGUGGCCGGUGCAUCAGUGGAAUGUUCGUUUUCCUCACAUAUGUUCUGGGAGUGGCCUGGCUCGGUGUGUUCGGCUUCUCUGCAGUGCCCGUGUUCAUGUUCUACAACAUAUGGUCAACCUGCGAAGUCAUCAAGUCCCCACAAACCAACGGGACCUCCGGUGUUGAGCAGAUCUGUGUGGAUGUUCGACAAUAUGGUAUCAUUCCUUGGAAUGCUUUCCCAGGCAAAAUCUGCGGCUCUGCCCUGGAGAACAUCUGCAACACGAACGAGUUCUACAUGUCCUAUCACCUGUUCAUUGUGGCUUGUGCUGGAGCUGGUGCCACCGUCAUUGCCCUGAUCCACUUCCUCAUGAUACUGUCUUCUAACUGGGCUUACUUAAAGGAUGCAAGCAAAAUGCAGGCUUACCAGGAUAUCAAAGCAAAGGAAGAACAGGAACUGCAAGAUAUCCAGUCUCGGUCAAAAGAACAACUCAAUUCUUACACUUAAAAGCGUUUGCCAGAGUGUGUCAGCCGACGAAUUUACAGCUCUGACAAAUCAUCAGACAGCUGCUCUGCAGUACAGAUGUGUAUCCCACCAAACAAAUGUAGACAUACCAACAUUUCACUGUCUCAAGCUGCUGGGGUGGAUCUCUAGGAAAACCUUCCAGUGGGUAAAUCAUUUUCUUUAGAACAAAUAUUGGAGGUUUCAUGUUAGCCAUUUUAAAAGGCAACACUUUGAAAGAAAGACCGUUCAUCUUUGCAAAGUUGUGGCAUGUGCACGUGACUGCUAGGGCAGUUCUAACACAGGCUUACGUCAUGCUUCUUGAAGCGGACCUGUGGCAUGCCAGUAUCAAAGGAUGGGACUCUAGAUUUUCAUAUGCCACCUGUCCCCAAGUGUUAUCAAAAUAGAAUUGGUCUGAAGUUCAUUUCUGAUAGCUGACCUUUAUUAACCUUUGAUAAUGUCAUUCCUUCAAACCUGUAAAAAUUAGUAUCCCCAAUGUCUCAUUCAUUUCCCACGCCACUCAGAAAUCUUUUAGGAAUGCUAAAAUGAGCUGCAAUUAUGCUAAAUUUAUCAGUGCAGAAGCUGGAUUCUGACUCGAGCUCUGCAAAAUCAGCUUUAUAGUAGCUCACAUCAUAACAAAACGAUAGUCACGAUUCGGUAAUCACCAUUCUCGUUUGGAAAUAAAUGUCAGCUCUGCCUUAAUAUUUGCUUUAAAUUUUUAAGAAUUUAUACUGUAAGCAGAGACUCAAAAUCCCUUCAUAGAAUUCUGUUCCACGAAUAUUUUUCUUAAGAAGUGUUACCUUGUUAAAAUGACCACCAUUCUAAACCAUUUUUAAGUGGUCUGAUAGUGAGUUUACAGUUUCAUACCAACUAUCUAAAAACCUAACUGCAAAUUGACCACAGACCUCCUACUUUUAUAGACUUUAAUACAUAAGUAAUUUAAAUUAGGAUUGGUAUUUGUUUUCGUAUCUAAAUCUUAAUUUCCUGGAAUAAUAAUGUUUGAUGUUCAGCAAGAAAACUGCUUGAGUUUAAGCCAUUUUCAAAAGAAACUUGCCUUCUAACUCAUUGUGUUCCAGAAUAUUAAGUGACUAAUAGGUACUGGGUAUUAGUGAUGGUAAGUUUUGUGUUGUUCUUUCUGGAAUGAUCCAUACAUAUAACUGUGGGGUGCACCAGUGCUUUUCAAAGGGGCUGCAUACUAUAGGGUUAACUAUGUAUAUUCAUGUUAAGAGUUACCUUGUGGUUAGGCUGUUUCCUGGAUUUUAAAACAUAUACAUGUGCAGAAAUGUAUUCAAAUGAAAGGAAGCAUACCUUUAUCAAGAUGCUAUUAAAAUCGAACAUCAACUAUCGUAUUUCAUUUGGAUUUUUUUCUUUUGGUCAAUGCCGAAAAACGCCUAUUUGGGUUAUUUUUAAUUGGGAGACGCUCUCUUCUGUGUAGAACAGUUGUUCCAAGAUAGCUUAGUGUUUUGUUUUCCUGUUGCAUGACAGAGUUCUUAUUUUUUCCAGCAGUGGAGGUGCUGUUAGAGUCCAGUGUUCUAGAAGAGGCAGUGUCUAAAGCCUAAUUUUACUUUUCUAAUUCUGGUAGCUAUUGCCAGGAAUUUAUGAACGUUUUGUUGAAGUAGUCUAAUAUUUUUUAUGUAAAGAGCAUUAAAUUUUGCUAUGUAUAAAUUUUUGUAACCUAACAGUGAAUCAAUAUUUUCUAUCAGUGCCAAGGGCUUCCUGUAGUUCUAUUCAAGUGUUACAAUAAAUAUUUGUAGAUAAUAGUCAA